UCGUGUUCCCGCGCCAUUCGCUCGUUGAAUGAGAGACGAAACGAACGCAACUACUAGUUUUUGUGUUGAUAUUUCAUAACCAGUGGGCCGCGUGUAUUUUCUUCAAUAACAAUGGCAAACCUGAGUAUUUUUGUGCCCGUUCUUCUUCUGGCUUUAUUCAUCAAAGAAGGUGAACCAGUACGCUGUUGGACGUGUUCUUCAGACCUGAACCCGCUCUGCAACGACCCCUUCCUCGCUGGAAGAUCAGACAACUCCUACCUGUUCAGAUUGGAGAACUGUGACGCCAAUGCGGGAGCCACAUACCCCCAUCUCACGUCUUCCAAGUCCGUCUGCAAGAAGAUGAAGAAAUACAUCAACGGACAACUGGUUGUGAGCCGUGGAUGCACGUGGAAGCGUGCCGAUGACUACAGCACACAAUGCCCCAGCGCGUCCAACGGACCAUACGAAGUGACCUCUUUCUGUGAGACCUGUGAAUACGACGGCUGCAACGGAGCAGCUACCAUCAGCAAAACCAUUGCCCUACUAGCCGCCCCCCUCACACUCCUCCUCUUCAAGUAACUACUCCAAUAAAACACAAAUCAUAGUACAAAAUAAUAUAUUAGAGAUAUUUUUAUUGUCUACAGUGGGACCAUACCGUUAUUCCCAAUUACAUGUACAGAGCUGCGUAUACCCACCGUAAAUGCCUUAAGAUUUUUCUCACAUCGAAAUAAUUGUAAAUUAUUUUUUUUCUCUUGGGUAUUUUUAAAGAGUUGCCUUAUAAUAAUAUGAUUGAUUUAUUCAGCCAUGUUUGUAUGGAGCUUUAAAAUGUCUACCUUGUUCUUGUAAUAUAGCAAUUUUCAUUAUUUUUUUUAAUGUUUUGUCCUCACUUGCUGGUUAAGGAGUAUUUUCUGUAAACGUUUUGUGUAUUAAGAUCUUUCAAUAACUUAAUGUCUCUUCACUUAUACAUAGCUAAGUUAAGUUAAUAAUAAGUAAGCAAUAAUUAAAAUAUUUAGUUGUUUUGUUCGUUGUCUUUGUAUUGUCGUAAUACUUUCAUAGUGCCUUAUACAAAUAACACAAGGUCCAUAUUUUAAUUAUGAAAUAAAAUACUUUAAUGUAAUUUAUAUAGAAACCGAUUUGUCAUAAAGCAAUGACCACAUAAGUACCAACCAAAAUAAAUGCUAAUGUUGUUUUAAUUAAAGUUUAUUGUAAACA